AUGUCGGAGGUCUGUCAGGAUAUUGGAGCGAAUCCGGGGUCUCCGAAUGUUCCGACUCGGGACCGAGGUUCCGGGAUGGGAGUGGCCAAGGUUCGGUGUGCCGCAACCAGACUGGAGCUGAGACAGUCAGGAGGGAAGGUGACUUGGAGAGUGGGGAGGCAUGGUGUAGGGGAUGGUGAAGUUGUUAGGAAGGUGAACCCAAACACCGAUAUCAUGCUCAAUAAGCCGGAGCUGCUCAAUAUGAACCCAAACUUCCAUUCUCAGGAACAGUUGAUUUUGGCUGCUGUCUUCACUCAGAUGCAUGUCCAGUGUAACCGAGCUGUUGGUGCCUCUGGAAAUGCUUAA